CCGGAAGUCGGCAGCAGGUGCCACCGGAAGUGUGCGCGGUCCAUCCCCGUCUGCAGAACAAGAGGAAAGCUAACCGGCGACAAAAAGCCGCUCAGAUAAAACAACUAAACAACAAACAACCCACCUUGCUACUGCCCUUCUCUGUCCAUUGUGGUGGAAGAUGGAUUGCGUUGAGUCUUCAGCUGAAAUGAAUGCCGCUGUACCCAACCAUCGAAGGACCAAGCCCGGUGGUAAGGACAUAAUUAAUUUUAGCAUAAAGCCCGGGGUUGUGAACUCUGGUGUUACUGGACCGACUUCCCAGAUCCCUGGUCUGUCCCAGAGUGCUGAUGAAAGCACUCCGGCGGAGAGGGUCAGCGGGCGGCGAGUUGGGAUAUUUGCGACGGACUCAGACUACGUCAAGCUUGCCAAGGGGGGUGGACACAAAGGGCUGUUGAGUCAUGAUGUUGAUGCUGAUGAUGACAAACCGAGGAAGAUGUACAAUCCACCAACUAGCUGGUUUGGUGGUGAUGAGUCAAAGAGCGGAAGCAAAGCAACGUCUCCCGACAGCCAGAUGAAGGCGGGCAUGCGUACUCUGGCUGCACCGUUUGGCACUGAUAAUGGUUCAUCCUGGGAAAGAGAGACUGAUAGAUUUUCCCCUGAUAAGGAGAAGGUGUCUCCUGAUGGCGUUGCCAAUCAGAUGGAGGGUCUGUCCAUGGCCAGCAAAUACAAGAGAACGUGUUAUGAUAAGAAGGCUCCACCGGUGAGCAUGUCCAAGCUGCUGAGUCAUGGCUAUGUGGAGGAGAAGAAGAAGUCUUCUAAUGACGACGAUGCCUCAAGUGUGACUUCGGAACAGACGAGCACCAUUGAGACGGAGGACGUGGACGAGCUGGAGUAGUGCGCGCAGGUUCUCGUCUCAAGGGUUGCAGGGGGGUCGUCCUAACACUGGUUCAUGGUUUCACAAAUCCACGAACACGUCACUCCGCCCCUCUCGGAUUCACUCACAUUUAUUGUACAUCCACUGACUGUUAGGUUUUGUACUCAUGUUUAUGCAAAGGUACUGUCCUCUAUUUAUUUGCUUUAAUUUGUAAAAUAAUUGACACAGAAUUUGUUGAGUAGAUGUGUCAGUGCUCGUCGUAUUUUUUUUCUUUUUUUUUCUGUAUUUCUCGAUUUGAAAGACGAGUUGUUCGCAGGGCAGGAAACUAACAUUUUGGGUCCUCAGAGGCUGGUUGAGUGAAAACUAAUUUCACCAACCAGUUUGAUUUUGAACCCAAAAUGAUGCCUCAAAGUGGAGCAAAAGCUUAAAUUCACCUGCUUGUGGCUGGUGGCUGGUGUUAGUUUCCCUACCUGGUUGUAUGAAGAUCGAGUUAGUGAACUUUAAAAGUGUUUGUGCUAAUGAAAUGUGGUUCCAGUGACGUGACAUAUUAUUUGUUUUGACCUAGGGCUCCUGCUCUCUGAACGGGAUGUUAGAGGUUUGUGUUUUUGGCUGCGGGGGUGGAUACAGUCAUUCGUUUAGACAGCAACCCUGCAGCUGUGACCACAUGCCAAAGUGCAUACUGAUGGCCACAGCCGCCACGGUUUGUUCGUUUAAAAAGGGGCCAAAAGUGAUUUUUUUAGGUUGCUGCUCUGCAAAAGGUUGCUAUUCCCUCCUAUUCCCCCUACAAUAUUGUUGUUUUUGAGUCCGUAAAAUCAAGAAACAUGCAUCGUUUUUAAUUUUUAAGAAUGCCUUUCGUCCAAUAAUCCGAAUAAAAUGCCUCGUAUUAAAAAAACUCUAAAACUAGUUUUACUAGUUGUUUUAGAUUUUGAAUGCCAGCAGGAGCUACAAGUUACUCUUUAUUAAUUAGGAAGCUAAUCAGUAAGUCAAUUACAAUGCCAAGUGUUUGAUGCCAGUCCAAAUAUGUCAGAAGCUUGCUAAUAAUAGAACUAAAUUGGGUCUAUUCUGCAUGUUUAAGCCCUUUGGUGCCUCGUUCCCAUCCAGCCUAAUAACCAAAAACUGGUGCAACAGAUAAAGCUGGGGAAUUUAGGGGAAACGGCCACCUUCAGCAGACUGACAAGCUGAAAGUCAAGUCCGGUGUAAUUCCCUGUGAAGAUUAGGGCGGACGAGUUUUAAAAAGUGAGUUCUGAACAUGCCAACCAAGCAGUUUUUCCCUGCUCAUGCAGUGUUUUGACUUUGUAGACAUCAGUAGGAGAACUUAGUGUUAGUGCACUGCCUGGUUACACCAAACCCUCCAUCUCAUGACGUGUUUAUCCAUUUUGAGUUUAUUCUGUUCAGAUGAGAGAAAUGGUUACUGCGGCAACGUUUUUGCAACUUCAGUCUUGGGAGCAGUGAAAAGCAUUUGCUGGUGGUUUGAGUAGUUAACAAAGAAAAGGCACAAGAAAAAGCAGUUUAAGUUACUUGAUCAAAAUGCUUGUAAUUAGAAAAUCACAGUUUUUACAGUAAAUUCUCAAAAGUAAUCAAAAUGCCUAAAUGUAAGACUCUAAAUACUUACAUUUCUAAUGUAAGUGUUUUAAAAUUAAGGUCUUUACUCAAACAUUCUCACUUAAAAAGUCUUAAAUUGAAUUCACAGAAGUCUUAAGUUAUGUUAGUUAUAGAAUUUUAUUUUUUGUCUAAAAUGACGAAUUCGUUUAAAAAAAAAAGAUAUUUUAGGCAUUUAAAAAAAAAAGCAGUAGUACGUGAAAAUUGCACAAAUAGUUAUGAUUUAGUUUUAAUUUUUUGUACAGUUUUUGAUUGGUCAGAUUUGGAUUGGACAUAAUUGCAAGGUAAAGCAGAAUUCACAGGGAUUUGUUGGAUUUGUUGUCACAAACGCAGCUUCCUGAAGGGAUUGUUGACUGUGAACCACGACCCUUUAGAAACCAAAUGUCUCCAUUUCUUUGCUUUGUGCAGUUCAACUUUUAUUGUAGAUUAGUUUGGACAAUAGCUCACAAAGUUGGUCUUAAUACCCCCCCCCCCCCAAAAAAAAAAAAAAAAAAAAAAAAAAAAAAAAAAACCACAGCAGAGAGUGGAAAUUCUUCCAUCUCCUCUGCUUUGGUUGUGUGGUUGCGUAAAUAGCUUGACUGUCUAGAUAGCUUCAAAGAAAUGUCUGACAUUUGAUGGACAGUUUAGCCUUGAGUCAUUUAACACUUAUAAUUUUUUUAGCCGUUACUGUGAACCUGAUGGUGACAGUAAACUCCUAAUCCUACAGGGACGUUUGUCAGGUGAAGAAAAUGCUCUUAAAAUGAAAAGGAUCAGGAUGAUUUAUUUGAGUAUAACAGCAAGAUUAAAGCUCCGAGUUUGUCCUAUAAAUCCAACACGUUCGUCAGCUGCCUCUCAAAAAUGAUGCCGCAAUACCAGACCCCUCAUUUGAAAAGAAUUUACUUUAAAACUCUUACAACAGAUGUGUCGUGUUCAACAUAUUUUUAGGGGUUGUCACUAUUUUCAACACACUAUAUUUAAGCAGUGAUACAUACUUUAUCUGUCUGUGGUAUUUAAAAGUGUCAAGUGUUGUCCGAACUAGACGCUUUAUUGUGUUUAGUAACACUGGAAUUUAUUUUGCUGUAUGAAGAAUGGCGAAUGUAUCAUCUUUUGAUAUUGUUUGCUUUGAAGAACGGGUUUAUUUUUAUGACCUGAUGAAUAUUCAGGUGCAGUAUUAACAGUUAAAAACAGUGUUAUCAUCAAGUUUCUUCCUCUUCUUCCAGUGAGUUGGUGGCAUAUCAGUUUACAAACCAACAGCGGGAACUUUUAGUGGCUUAACUCUGCAAAGUCCUCCCUGAAGUCUUGUUACUUGUAUGUCUCUUUCCCUUUUGCUUUUUUUAUCUGCAAGUGGUAUUAGUUAAGAUUCUCAAAUGCCAAUGUACCAGAGAAGACUGAAGAAGGCAGCUUUUAGACAGAAGAUCCCUCAAGUGUUUGUAGUGAGGAGAAAUCCACCUGACACAACUCAAUGUAAGACCCUACUUAUCUUGAUGACUGCGCACAGACUCUCAAUGAUCAUUUAAAUAAAUGGGCAUGUGCAUGUA